UCUUAUCCCAUUUCAUGCCUGUCCUGCUUACAAAUUGAAUUCAUCCCGUGACUCCAUCUCCUUCCAAAUCGCUAACCUCCAAGAUUGGCUUGUUUGUUUGUUUCUUUGUAUGCAGUUCAGAUAAUGUACAAAACCCCCUCAACCCAACCGUCGUCGCAUUUCAUUUUCAUAGCAAUGGCAGCAUUCCUCUCCUUCCUCCUUGUAUCUCUCCUCCUCUUCUUCACCAUCUCCGCCACCUCCCCCCGCCAUCAUUCCGACAGCGUAUCGCCUUCUGAUUAUAAUAACAAUAACAGUAUCAUCAAUGAGACCUGCAAGGCGUCACGUGACCCUACCGCGUGCCGGGCCUCUCUGUCCCAGUCUAGUCACAUGCCGCCGUCCCCCUCCCCGCUGCAGGUCAUCCAAUCCGCACUGUCGCUUUCCUCGACCAAUCUUAUCAACGGCCGCACCAUGGUUCAGCAAAUUCUGAACGAAGCAUCCGCGACGAAUCAGAACCGUUCGAUGGGCGCCAAGGCUUGCCUCCAGGUGCUGCGUUACUCGGAGUACCGGAUGAAUUCGGCGGCCGAGGCUUUGCCACGUGGCAAGCUGAAAGAUGCCCGGGCCUGGAUGAGUGCCGCGUUGGGCUACCAUCACGGCUGCUGGUCGGGGUUCAAGAACCUGAACGACACACCCCUGGUCGACAAAACGCUGUCGUUUUUCUACUCCUCUCUAAUCCCAUCCACCACCACCGCCCUCGCAAUGAUGGUCAAUUACGAUCUCUUCGGCGACAAGACGGAGUCGUGGCACCCACCGAAGACCGAGCGUGACGGCUUCUGGGAGCCCGGAUCGGAAUCCUCUGCAUACGUCGGCGGCGUCCCACGGGGACUUAAACCUGACGUCACGGUGUGCAAGGGAGGCGCGUGUAAUUUCGGUACCGUGCAGGAAGCCGUGAACGCCGCCCCCAAUGAAGCGGCGGGUUUGGGUAGCCGUUUCGUGAUAUGGAUAAAAGCAGGAGUGUACGAGGAAACUGUCCGGGUCCCGUUGGAGAAGAAGAAGGUGGUUUUCUUAGGGGAUGGAAUGGGCAAAACAGUAAUUACAGGGUCCUUGAAUGUCGGCCAGAUGGGCAUGUCCACCUACAACUCUGCCACUCUGGGUGUUUUUGGAGAUGGAUUUAUGGCAAGUGGUCUGACGAUCCAGAACACAGCAGGUUCGGAUGCUCACCAAGCAGUAGCUUUUGUAUCCGACAGUGAUCUCUCUGUGGUCGAAAACUGUGAAUUUUUGGGCAAUCAAGACACUCUAUACGCACACUCCUUACGCCAGUACUACAAGUCAUGCCGAAUCCAGGGCAACAUCGACUUCAUAUUUGGAAACUCGGCUGCUUUCUUUCAAGACUGCCUGAUCCUGAUCGGGCCCCGGGAGUUGACAUCCGGAAAGGGAAAGGGGGAAGGGGAGGGGGAGAGCAAUGCAGUGACAGCCCAGGGCAGAAUGGAUCCGAGUCAAUCGACUGGUUUUGUCUUCCAAAAUUGUGUGAUAAAUGGUACGAAUGCGUACAUGGACUUGUAUCACAGCAAUCCUGCAGUGCAUAAGAAUUAUUUGGGCAGGCCGUGGAGGGAUUACUCGAGGACUGUUUUCAUUCGCUGCACUAUGGAAGCUCUUAUCCAUCCGGAUGGAUGGACGCCGUGGAGUGGUGACUUUGCAUUGAAGUCCCUGUAUUAUGGUGAAUUUGAAAACAGAGGGGCUGGGUCUGAUGUGUCGAAAAGAGUGGGGUGGAGUAGCCAGAUAGGUGGUGAGCAUGUUUAUGCAUACUCGGUUCAAAAUUUCAUUCAAGGCCAGCACUGGAUCCCUGCAGCCUCGCCUCCACCUGAUGCUUAAAAUCAGUUAGUGCUGCAUUUCAUUUUCAUUUUCAACAAGCUAGAUAAGGAUUUUUAAAUUUAAUGGGGAAGUGAUCGUGAUCGUGAUCGAUCCAUCCAUCCAUCCAUCUUUGAUUAAUUUGUUAAGUUGAAGAUUGAUUUUUGCCUACCCUUGGGGAGGGUAGUUUUGAGCGUGUGGUGUUAUGGAAGUGGCAGGCAAGGGUGGUGGGGUGGGUGGUCAUAUCUGAACAUACAUUACAUAUGAAGGGAGGUGAAGUUGUUUGUUAUUGGGAAAUUAAAGCAAGGAGUGUGGGCAAACUCGAUCCAUCCAUUCCAAUCCAUGGUGUAUGUUGAGGAGAUUCUGAUGACAUUCUAUUCUCCUGUAUGGAUCCCGUCCAGUUUUAUGCAUGGAUGGUUAUGCACAGCACAAUCUCCAUCAAGGGCUGAUUAGAGAGAGAGAGAGAGAGAGAGAGAGAGAGAGAGAGAGAGAGAGAGAGAGAGAGAGA